AUGAGAAACUUGUACUUGAUAUUGCUUCACAUUUUCCUAACCUUUGUGGUGACACAUUCAGCACCUAAAGGAUCUCUUAUAACCAAGCUUCCAGGCUUCAAUGGAUCUCUACCUUCAAAGCACUAUGGAGGGUAUGUGACAAUAGAUGAAAGUCAUGGUAAGAAUUUGUAUUACUAUUUUGUUCAAUCAGAAAGUAAUUCAUCAUCAACAGACCCUAUUGUUCUAUGGCUAAAUGGUGGACCAGGGUGUUCUAGUUUUGAUGGUUUCAUAUAUGAACACGGUCCUUUUAAUUUUGAAAAACCUGUCACCAAGGGAGCUUUGCCUAAGUUGAAACUCAAUCCAUACAGCUGGUCAAAGGUGUCCAACAUUAUAUAUUUGGACUCUCCAGCUGGAGUAGGAUUUUCUUAUUCAAAAAAUGCAUCUGAUUAUAAAACUGGAGAUAAAAAGACUGCUGCUGAUACACAUACUUUUCUUCUUAAAUGGUUUGAAUUAUAUCCUGAGUUUCUUGCAAACCCAUUAUUCCUAGCUGGAGAAUCUUAUGCUGGAGUUUAUGUACCUACUCUUGCUAAUACAAUAGUAAAAGAAAUUGAAGUUGGCACCAAGCCCAAAUUGAAUUUCAAGGGUUAUUUGAUUGGAAAUCCUGUUGCUGAUCCAAUAUUUGAUGGCAAUGCUCUUGUUCCUUUCGCACACGGAAUGGGUCUUAUCUCUGAUCAAAUAUUUGAGAACACUACAAAAACAUGCAAUGGGACUUUCUAUCCGCCAGAUUCUGUUGAGUGCAGCAAUUUAUUGUUAAAAAUAGCCAAUAUAAUCAAUGGCUUAAAUAUAUAUGACAUCUUAGAACCAUGUUAUCAUGGUGAAGAGACAGAAGAGAAUCAGAAAAAGAACUCUAAGUUGCCAUUAAGCUUUAGGCAAUUGGGAAAAACCGAAAAAUCUCUUCCCAUAAGAAAAAGGAUGUUUGGUCGUGCAUGGCCCUAUGGAGCUAUUGUGAAAGAUGGAAUCGUUCCAUCUUGGCCACAACUUACCAGCAAAAGUCUCACUGCUCCCCCAUGCAUAGACGAUGAGAUUGCUAUGGUAUGGUUGAACAAUCCUGAAGUGAGGAAAGCUAUUCACGCUGCGGCUAAAAAUGUAGUUAGUGAAUGGGAUUUAUGUACAGACCAACUAGAAUACGAUCAUGAUCUAGGGAGUAUGAUUCCUUACCACAAGAAUCUUACUUCCAAAGGGUACUCAGCAUUGAUAUUUAGCGGUGAUCAUGAUAUGUGUGUUCCAUUUACUGGAACUGAAGCAUGGACAAGAUCACUUGGAUAUAAGAUUGUUGAUGAAUGGAGACCAUGGGUAGUCAAUGAUCAAGUUGCAGGGUUUACACAAGGAUAUGCCAACAAUCUCAGAUUUCUGACGGUAAAGGGAUCUGGACAUACUGUUCCUGAAUAUAAACCAAUGGAGGCAUUGUACUUUUACACACAUUUUUUGGAUGGAACUCCUAUAUAA